AUGGUGACGAUGGAGGCAAUAUUGGAGGCGAGAAGAUGGUUGAAAAGUAACGGCAGGCAAUUCACUUUCGUUCUAACUGCCAAGAGAUUGUUACUAUCAGUAACAGUAGGAACAGUACUACGUUCUAUUAAACACCAUGAUUCCAAUUCCGAUCAGGCCGAUCUAUGGGAUUAUUUGGAUGAAAUUGCGUUGCAUUUUAUACCAGAGUUCCAGAAGCUCGCACCCAUUAUUCACCAUGUUGGAAAGUUGACGCUGGCCGAUCUACAGGCUCGCCAGUACUACAAAUGCCAGCUUGAGUUCUAUGACGAAGUACCUCGCCCAGGCCCCAUUACUCGCAUGACCCCUAAAAAACAAAACUUUAUGGAUGAAUGGGAUGAUCCAAAACCGGACCCCUUCGAAUCACCAUUCCCUCAGUUCAGGCCCUCGGAUGUUGAGGUCGUCUUUGACGACCCCAGUACGGUCUUCGAUAUUGUUCCGAAAAAGGUCUUCGUUAAUGGCCAAUCUUUCUUCUGGAAACCUUCAUGGGCGCAGGAAGAGUCUAAAGAAGUAGUAGAAAAGUACAACAAAAUUCACCGUUCACGCAUUCCUCCAGAUCAACUGCUCAUCUCGCGGCUUUACGGCGUAGUCGUGGACAGCAAAGGCAUGCUACGCGGAGAGCUCUACCACUGGAUUGACAUUGAUCAGACUCUUACCUGGAGGACUAUCGAACAGGCACCCAAGGAUGUUCGGGAGAAAUGGGCUUUGCAGAUUCAAAAGACUGUGUUAACCCUGCACCAGAUGGAUGUUGUCUGGGGAGACGUCAAAGCUGAAAAUGUCGUCAUUGGCACGAGUGGUGAUGCAGUUGUUAUUGAUUUUGAAGGCGGCGCAACCAAGGGAUGGGUUGAUGAAGAUAAGAUUGGGACGAGGGAAGGCGACGUUCAGGGUUUGGAGAGGCUUAUAGAUUACAUCUUUAACGACAACUGCUACUUGCGGCUUAGAGAGAAGGAGUGCGAUUGUGAGGAUUACAUGGAAUCCUGA